GUUGUGAAUGAGGGACAGCAUGACGUCAUGAAGCUAAUGUCAACAAUGCAGCUCCUGGAGGAGGAGAGGCGUUUCAUCCACACACGGAAUCGGUCAGACACCAUCCAGCUGCAGACGUUAGACGGGAUGUGGACCGGUCCUGGUCGCUGAGCUUCGGAGCAGGCAGAGCGGGGUCUCAGGAGGAGUGAUGUCGGAGCAGCAGGUCGGGGAGGCGACAACGCCCGUGUACGUGUACGAAUCCAAGGUGCACUGUGCCAACGUGCUGCUGAGCCUGGAGGAGCAGCGGCAGAGAGGCAUCCUCUGUGACGUGACGGUGCUGGUGGAGGGCAGGGAGGUGCGCGCGCACAGGGCCGUCCUCGCCGCCAGCAGCCGCUACUUUCUGCAAGCUCUGCUGGGACACGGCGGGUCGGUGGGCGACGGCGAGCCCAUCAUCAACCUGCCAGACAAGGUGACGGCCCGAGGCUUCGCUCCUCUUCUUCAGUUCGCCUACACCGCCAAGCUGGUUCUGAGCAGGGAAAACAUCCACGAGGUCAUCCUGUGCGCCGACUUCCUGGGCGUGCACCACUUGGAGGAUUCCUGCUUCCGGUUCCUUCAGAAUCAACUCCAGAGUGACGGAGAACAUGCCAGCAAUGGCAGGGUGGAACAUAAUGAUGAAGAUGAUGAGGAGGAGGAUGAUGGUACUGGGUCUUCUGAGGAAGUACUCUUUGACUGUUCAGAGAUGGGUCAGCAGUCGGGUGACGCUGCUCUGCCUCUAUCUGACCUUCCACAGUGUCCCAAAUACAGGAAGUACCAGCACCAGGUCGAUAAGCACAACGGAGAGACCCGGCAGGUCGACGGCGGCUCAGAGAGUCCGGUGAGCUCAGCAGGGGCAGACGCCCAAGAUCUUCUGACCCCCUCCAGGAUCAAAGAGGAGCCGUUCAUGUUUGAGGAUGGCGCUGAUGACAGGAACCCGGAGCUGUGCACUGAGGAGGUUCUGGAGAUGGAGCUGGAGGUGGAGGGGGUUCCAGAGGCAGCGGAUCACUCGGCGAGCCGAGGACUCCCCUCAUCUUGCUUGCGCUCAUACCUCCAGCGAGGAGGUCUGGAUCUCAGCAGCAUGCCGAGCUCCACCAUCCAGCAGCUGCUGUCCAACCAGCUGUCCCUCAGCCACUACAGGGAGCUGCUGAAGGACCGGCAGCGGACCAAGAGGGACUCUGAGGGACAGGUUCACAUCAGUGCUGACAGCAGGGACGUGGAGAGGCCGAAGGCGUCCUCUUCUCAGCGGGAGGUGGAGCUGGACCGUCGCAGCGUCAUCUUCUCGUCUGCAGCCGGGGAACACCAACUGCCGGCUCGUCCCUACGUGGACGAGAAGCUCAGAGACAAAGUCUCAGACCUGAUCCAGGCAGAGACUCUUUCUUCUGGUCUGACGUGCCUCACCUCCACCUGUCCCAUCUCCAUCAAGACUUCUGCAAACUCUCCGGUGCCGUCCGAACUACGGUCCCAGACUUCCCAGUCCUCAUUCUUACAUGCAGUGGACACAGCCAGCGGCAGCUCGUCUGGCAGCUUCUCCUCACCCCCACAAACCGGUCUGGUCUCUGCACCACCUAACUGCCUGGUGGGGUUGGUGGAGCCCAAGACCCCCCACAGCAGGGAUGUGGAGUUUUCUCUGGGCCGAACCAGAAUCAAAAGUGAACAGAGCUUUGGUACCAGCGGUGGAAACUCCAGCGAUGAGUCCAGCUCGUUCUCAGAGGGCGACAGUGAAGGAGCAUCCAGGGUCUCUGGUCCUGAGGUGACGCUGCCGUUCCCUGUGGAACAGAUCACCAACCUGCCACGUAACGACUUCCAGAUUCUCAUCAAGAUGCACAAACUGACCUCAGAGCAGCUGGAGUUCAUCCACGACAUCCGGCGCCGCAGCAAGAACCGGAUCGCUGCCCAGCGCUGCCGCAAGAGGAAGCUGGACUGCAUCCAGAACCUGGAGAACGAGAUCCGCAAACUGGUGUGUGAGAAGGAGAAGCUGCUGAACGAGCGGAACCAGCUGCAGGUCUGCAUGUCGGAGCUGUGGCAGAACCUCUCCUUCCUGUCACAGCAGGUGUGCAGGGAGGUCCAGAGCAGCCAGAACCCACCCAUCUCCGCUAGCAUCGACCUCACAUCCAACCCGCCGUCUCCCUCUUCUGACCGGGUUGUCCCCCCCGGUUCACCUGCACCACAACAAGGUGAGGUGGGUGAGGGCUCCUGUGGACCGGGGCUAGAGGAUGGGCGCCUGGAGGUGUUGGGUCUGGGUCAGGAGAACCCCGAGAGUCCACUGGUUCUGGGGGCAACAGAGGAAGUGUGCAGCCCAACGGUGACGGUGGAUUUCUGUCAGGAGAUGACGGAGAAGUGCCGAACGGAGGAGCAGCAGAACCAGGACUCGUGUUAGAGACAGACGCUUUGUUCAGAUCUGUAAAUACUUUAAAUACUUUAAAGUUCUGUUCGUAACGACGGCGCCGGUCGUCUCUGCAGCAAUACCGUAGAACAGGUGUUUUGGAGCGGAACAUCUCGGCAGCUUUGACCUUCAACUCAGGAACAAACAGAAUGUGAACACAAACGUGCUCUUCACUGACAGUCCCGCCUCGUCACUGCAGCUGAUUGGACAAAACAUGAGGCGCUAUGGACCCGAUCCAGGUCCCUGAGGGCCUGGAGGGCUCCAUCAUGGACUCCAUAAACCUUCAGCUUCAGUCGUUGUUUACACAUCUAACAUUUUACUGAUGUUUACAGAGCGGGUUUGGGUUUUUGGAUCGGCACGCGUCUGAAACUGAAACCAAAGGUAAUCUACAAAGUUCUGUUUCAUAAAAAUACCUGCAGGUGUUUAACAGGUGAGUGGGUCCACAGGGGCCCAUCUCCUUCCUCCAGUUUUACAUUUUAUUUCAGGUCUCCCUUUAAAUCUGGAUCAAGGUUUGAAAACAUCACAGCUUGUCUCAAACUAGACCCUCUCAGAACUUCUACCUCAUGACCCAGAUCUGCAGUCUCCGCAGAGAAAACAGCUGAUAAGCUCAGUCUGCAACUUUAAACAAACCAGGAUUAAACCCGAUUCGUUUCCUGACAGGAUUAGUUUGUUCUGAUCCGGUUGUUCCGAUCCGCGUCGUUUUCAGUUUUCCUGUCAAAUUUUGAGAGAACAAUUAGAUUUUCCUGCUGAGACUGAAAUGCUUUCUGGCCCUCUGUUAACGAACUCUGAGCAAAUUAACGAACCUUGGCAAAGUCUUAAAAUAAAACAGAAGUUAACUGACCAUAACCAAAUUAUCUAGCCCUGUCCUAAUUUAUUCUGGCCAAGUUCAUUAAACCCAAACAAAUGAACUAAACCUAACAACCUACCUUAGCUAAAUGAUCUUACCUCAAUGAUUAAUGAACCCUAACCAGGUCUGGUUGAUGUAUAUAGCUCAUUUCCAACAGGUUAUGUUGGGCUUCACAAACUACAAUACAUCUAAAAUAAAGUGACCAAGAAAACUGAUCUUUACUAAAUUAUCUAGUCCUGACCUAAUUACCCCUGGCCAAAUGAACUAACAUUGACCAAAUUAAUUAAUCAUUAGGAAGAUAACUAACCCUGACAGAGUAAACACAGGAGAGGGACUGGGUUCGGGCUCCGGAUUGGAGGAGGGCCAGAGCAGCCCCUGCAGGCCCAGCCCUUCUCUCCUCACCAAAUCAACAAACUUAGACAAACAGUGACUAAAAGAAAACACAAAUAAAGCACAUUUAUCAAAUCAGACCUGACCUUUGACCCCUGACAUGGACUUUCUCACCUGUUAAACGUGACAAAUAGAAUCCACAAAUUCCCACAGUUAUACAAGAGACAGGAGAAAAUCCGGACUGGACUGGGAUCAGUGGAUCCAUGCGUCGGUUUCAGUGUUGACCUGAAGACGAUCAAUCUUUCUGUUUAAAACUCCCGAUGAGAUGCCUGAAGGACUUUAAACUGUCCAUCUGUAGAGCAUGAAAUCAAAGCGUGAAGGAAUGUGGAAAUCUGAAGACGCUGAUUUUGCCAUAACAUUAAAAACACCGACAGGUUGGCCAACGUCUCCGCCUUCCUGGACAGAACUUCACGUUCCGGCUGCAAUUCCCUGCAAGAAAUGUUGGAAACGGCAGAAGGAACAAAGCUGGUAAAAUUUACCAUUAACAUACAGAAAACUAAAUUCCUAAAAUCUGAACAGAAAAAUUUGCUCUUCAUGUUUCCACAUCGUUUCAUUCUUCCUCUCAGAUUUCUUUGCUUUUGUGGUUCUUCUUUCCUUCUUUCAUCAGAACUUUAAAACCACUCAAUUCCUCUGCUGUCAGUUUCCACACCUUCACCGAGCAUGUGCAGUCCGAACCACACCUGUCACUCAGACUGCGGAACAGCUGCCAGAACCGCUUCAUGUCACUCUGUUAGUAUGAAAAUCCAUGUCUGUACCAGGCGGGUCGCAGUCAGACUUCCUGGAAACCGGAGAGUUCCUGUAAACAACGUGACUGUUAUUGCAGGAGAGCAGAGUUAAACGGUUUCACUGUGUCGCUACCAGAACUGAAGAAAACAUCUGAAACAAGUCAGAAUUGGUCCAACUGGUUUAGUUAAGUUUAAACACAAUCUCCUCAGUGUCCAGGGAGGUCCAGUGAGGUGGUUCUGGAAGGUCUGACACCAGCAGACUUUCUCAGUUUGUUUGUUUUAUUUUGAGUGAAAUGAAGAAAGAGCAGAACCAGAUCACAUCAGAACCACCUGCAGCUCUGGACCUGCUAGAAGCCUCAGGUCUGACUCAGGUCAGGGUUCUGAUGCAACAUGCUCGGUUCUGAUGAGAUCAUGCAACAGAGGUAAUGAAGACCUGUGGAAACUGAAGUCUUCCACAGCUCAGCCAGAGCCCAGUUCUGGCUGUCAGGUUUGGUUCCGCAGACCUGCUGCAGCGAUGGGUUGUAGCUCACCUCCACCUGAGAUCUGACCAGGACCAAAUCGCUGGAAACGCUGAUGAAAUUUCUCUUAUCAGUUUGUCUGUUUGAAGCUCCAAAUAAACUCGGCACAUUAUUGAUCCGCGAGACGCCAAAUUCAUGUGCUGAAAAGUCGAUGGAGCGUCACGUGGCCCUGGUGAGUGCUGCUCAGCCAGCUUCCCGCUGCAACGUGUCCUGAUGAAGCUCCAGCAUCAUCUUCAGCCUUCGCUCUGUGAACUGGAGGCAGCUUCCUGUUGGUUUUUAUACACUUGGUUUGUUACUGUCGGAUUUUUAUUCUUUUUAUUUACACAUUGUAAAAUUUGAACUUGUGAGCAUGUUUACUGUUUACUUUUUCUAACGUGGAGUUAAAUCUGAUAAUUUCUGAAUAAAACAUAGUUUUAUUCACACAAGGUCCGACUGUGUCUGAUUUGAGAUGAUUCAGGCCA